UAUAUAUUUUUCUGAAAAAUUUAUAUUUUGCUUUUUGUUUUAUUUAGAUAAAAGUUUCUGUUAAUCUUAUUUUAAAUAGAACAUAUUUUACUGCUUGCAACCAUUGAAGAAAAAUACCAGCAGCACUAUAAAAUUGUUCGUAUUAUAUGACACCCAAGUACUGCUUUCCUUAGAACAAUCAAAGCAGUUGCGAUCGAACAAAGUAUACAGUUUCAUGACAGAAUAUUUCCACUGCUUGUCAUGUAAUAAGCAGUUAUUUCAUUAUAGCAGUCAGUAAUUGAGAGUAGUCAUAUGUUCAAAAAUUUGCACUAAUCAAUUGUACAGGAAUAGGUAGAUAAAAAAAUCAUAUUUUAAUUGAAGUUAAUAAUCCUAUGAAUGCAACAAACUGUCAAACAAACGUCAAAUGCCGGCAUAUGGCCAUAUGGCCUCAAAUAGUUCACAUAUGCAUUAAACACUUUAAGCGCUAAAUUGACGUCCAAUUCUCGGCACGAUCUUGCCGAUAAUCAUAAAAGUGAUCGCGUGUCAUGUGAAUCUGUUGCGUGCCCAACUGUUUACAGUUAUCACGUAAAGCAGGCAACUUUUGACCUUUAAAUAGGGCCAAUCCGUGCGACAACUGCAUCAGUUACAUCAGAAUGUUGGAUCUCAACGCUAACCCAAUCACCAGUUACAAUGCCGAGCUCAAGAUAUGGUCAGGCGCGCGGGAGCAAAGCUACUACAAUGACGAUCUGACCAUAGGUCAAAUCAUAUUCCGCCAGCUGCAAAGCGAUCCGCAUCGCAUAUUUCAGAUCUCGCACAGCGAGAAAACACGGCUCACCCGCUCUCAAAUGCUGCACAAUGCGGCUAAAUUCAGUGUGUAUCUGAGAGCUCAAGGCUUCGUCGCGGAAACGGACAUUGUGGGCCUGCUGGCUAGGAACAGCACGCACUUGGCAGCUCUGGCCUAUGGCUGCCUCUUCAAUGGCACGCCCUUUCAUGCCAUCAAUCCCAGCCUGGAGGAGCGCACCAUACGCCAUCUCUUUGACAUAACCAAGCCGCGGCUUAUCUGCUGCGACGCGUCAGACUAUGAAAAGCUGCGAAAUAUCGCCUCAGCACUAAAUGUUCCCAUUAUAAUCAUACAUGGACGCAUAGCGGGCGUCAUGAGCAUUCAGGAGCUGCUGCAAGCGUCUAUUCCCGAGGACUAUAAGCCCAGCCAGUUUAAGCGUGGCAUCGAUCGCAUCAUGGCCAUACUCUGCUCCUCGGGCACAACGGGCACACCCAAGGCCGUAACCAUAUCGAAUAGCCGUCAAAUAUUCGAGAGUCAUAGAUAUCUGAAUAGCAACGACAUACAGUACGCGCCCAGCACCCUGGACUGGCUCACAGGCUUGAUAACCCUAAUUACGGCUGGGGUCUACGGCACAGUGCGCCUCAUAUCGCAGCAGGCCUUCAGUGCCGAGCAUUUCCUAUCCAUGUGCGAGCAGGAGAGCGUCAGCUGGGCUGUGGUGGCCGCCUCGCAUAUCGCCAUUUUGGCUAAUUGUCCAGCUACUGACGUGCGCCAGCUGCUCAGUCUGAGGCACUUACUCUUCGCUGGGGGCCACACGCUGGUGGCCACGCUGAAUAAGAUGCAGAGCUACCUGCGGGGCGAGGGCAUCUUGCGCAAUGCCUAUGGUAUGACAGAGCUGGGCACCUGCGUCUCCUGUAACUACACUACCCACUCGAAACCCACGUCCGUGGGCCGCCUCCUGGGCAACAUACGCAUGCGCGUGGUCAGCGAGUCAGCUGUGUCGCUGGGUCCGAACGAGCAGGGCGAGCUCUACUGCCACAACGGGCAGCACUGGAGGGGGUAUUAUGGCAACUCUGCGGCCACAGCAGAGAUGCAGGACAAGGGGGGCUGGUUUCAUACUGGCGACGUGGGCUACUUUGACGAGGAUAACUAUUUGCACAUCGUAGAACGCAAAAAGGAUAUGCUCAAGUAUCUGGGCAUGAUGUACUAUCCGCAUGAGAUCGAGGAGGUCAUCGCCCAAAUGCCGCAGGUCGCCGAGGUCUGCGUCUUUGGCAUUUGGAACGAGACCGUAGGCGACGCAGCCGCGGCUUCGGUGGUGCCCAAGCCAAAUGCCCCACUGAACUCCGCUCAGGUGAUCGCCUUUGUGGCCCAGCACAUUGCUGUCAAGUACAAACAGUUGAAUGCUGGUGCUCAGAUUGUGCCCCAGCUGGCCAAAAGCGCCAACGGCAAGGUUAAUCGUCAGGCUGUAAAAGCUGCCUAUCUGAAAUCGGCCCAGAAAACAGAGCCGACCAAUAAGUAGUUAACAUAAAAGCCAAUCCAAGUCUAUGACGAAAUCUAAUGCAAAAGGAAUUGAGUAAAAGUUAAGACAAUAUGAAAGUUUUAUAAAAUAAAUAUUAAACUUUUGGAUUUCUUAAAUUGAA